UAAAGUCCCCUCACGAAAUAUGCUUGGAGUUCAACUUGCAAAUGAAAUCUUCUGUAAAAACACAAACCAAACCUGGACAGAAGGAAAUUUUGUCUUGUUAAAACGUGUGGAAGAAAUAUCUAAAGAAUGGAAACUAGAACCUGAGCAUGAGUUUCGUUUUGAGGUAGAUUUUGGCACGACAGUUAAAUUGAAGCUGAUUUCUGGUACAGCGGAGAUAUAUGGCACAGAAAUCGGCAUUGGACCCGAAUAUGAAUUUUCAGGUCGCAAAGUUGCAGUAUUUACGUGGCAUGGGAUCUGUAGCGUAGAAUAUGUCGCUAAUGAAACGCCAAUGACUAGUUAUCUCAAUAUGCAUCUUGCACUUGAACAACGCAGAGAAGCAGCCAAAGCCAAAGGUGAACAGGGACCAAGGGUAAUAAUAGUAGGACCUGAAGAUGUGGGCAAAACUUCCUUAAGUAAAAUAUUACUUGCUUACGCGCUGCGCCAAAGCCGACAACCUAUAUUUGUCGACCUCGAUGGUUCUAUUACAAUGCCCGGUACUUUGACUGCGACCCCAAUUAAUCAAAUAAUAGAUGUUGAAGAAGGAUUUGGUUCUUCGGCAACAACUUCACCAUCAUUAGGAUCUUCAAUGCUUCCAAUAGUUUAUUAUUAUGGAUAUCCGGAUCCGGGAGAGAAUGUCAAACUUUAUAAAGUAUUGACGGCAAAAUUGGCACAAUCUGUCAAGCGUCGUAUAGCCGAAGAUGAUGAUGCUAGAAUUUCGGGGAUGGUGAUAGACACGAGCGGUCUUAUAGAUAGUACGGGUUACGAGAUUAUCCAACAUUGUGUGGAUGUAGUUGAUAGAGAAAAAGUUUUUCGUCGUCAAGUUCAAAUGCGUAAAAUCCGAGAGUACUUUUAUGGCUUGCCCAAAUUCGAACUAUCUCCUUGUUCAACAUUGAUCAAUUUAAACGAUAUCAACAUAUAUCGAGUAGGAGUUGGAUCAUUGGCUCCUUCAUCUGCUCUGCCGAUAGGGAUUGAUAGGAAAGUUAGUGAGACUCAAUUAGUAAAGGUGGAGCCUGAUGAUACUAUACGCCAUUCCGUUUUGGCACUUACUGCCGCGAAUAGUCCAGAUGAACAGACAUUACUGGAUUCAGAGGUUGAUAUGGUCAAACAAAAGAUGACCAUUCUGACACCGUGUCCUGGUCGUUUGCCUAAACAAUACCUAAUAAUGGGUUCAUAUAAAUGGAUGGAAAGUUGA